AUGGAUUUCCUUUCCACCUCCUCCUACUCCUCUUCUUCUUCUUCUUCUUCUCACUUCUCUUCUUCCGAGGGCAGAGAGAGUGACGGAUACAGCUUCAUGGUCUUUCAGAUGUUUGGGAGAGUGCUUUGCGCCGUAGUCACCUGUGUCUUCGCGAUAGUUGGUUCAUUGGUCGGGGCCAUCACAGGUGCUCCCAUAGGCCUAGCGACUGAGAGCGGCCUGCUGCGAGGUGCUGGAAUCGGAGCUAUUUCUGGUGCCGUCUUCUCCAUCGAAGUAGUUGAAUCAUCUCUUGACCUCUGGAACUCCCAGGAGUCAGGGAUUUGGAGUGUUCUCUACGUGAUGGACAUAAUCUCUAGCCUAUUGAGCGGAAGACUGGUUCGGGAGAAGGUUGGCCCAGCUGUACAGAGUGCAGUACAGAGUCAGAUGAGUGCUCUCAGUUUGCCCUUCAUGGAGAGUCUCGAUUUCUUCGAGACCGGAGGCAUCAGAGGAUUGCCCAUGGAUGCAAUCGACAGAAUUCCCAAGUUCAGAAUUACUACCCAAGACCGUGAGGACGCUGCAGGGGAGAAGAAUUGCUGCUCGGUCUGCCUGCAGGACUUACAAAUUGGAGAAAUGGCGAGGAAGUUGCCCCACUGCCACCACAUGUUCCAUUCGCCAUGCAUCGAUAGCUGGGUCAUCAGGCAUGCCUCUUGUCCACUGUGUAGGCGGGAUGUUUAGAUCUCUUCUCUCUGUGAAUUUUGGUAUGUACAAGCUUGCUUUCCUCUCUUUCGAGUCUCUCCUUUUACAAAACCAACAAGGGUGUAUUCCCCUCUUUCCUUCUCGCUGAUAAGCUAACACCUCAUGUACUAGCUUUCCUCAUCUUCCCCUCAAACAAGUACUUGCCUCUUUUGUGAUGGUAAAGUCCUCCCAGCUUAAUAUAUUUCGUUCUUGGUGAAA